GUUUUGUGUUGGGUUUGUUGAGGGAUAGCACUGAAACCUUUCGGAGUUGAAAAUGAGUCGGCCAAUGGAAGAAGAUACUGUGAAGAAUGAGGAAGAGGAAUUUAACACCGGACCACUAUCCGUUCUGAUGAUGAGUGUCAAAAAUAACACUCAGGUUCUCAUCAACUGUCGCAACAACAAAAAACUUCUAGGCCGGGUGAGAGCAUUCGACCGCCACUGCAACAUGGUUUUGGAAAAUGUCAGGGAAAUGUGGACCGAGGUACCGAAGACCGGGAAAGGCAAGAAGAAGGCUCUUCCGGUUAACAAGGACAGAUUCAUCAGCAAGAUGUUCCUUAGGGGAGAUUCUGUUAUUAUUGUUUUAAGAAAUCCCAAGUAAAUUUUUCCAUAUUCGGAGCUCUCGGUUAUGGAACUUUUGUAGUUUUGUGUGUUCAGCUAGGAA